AUGAAUGUGUAUAAUUUUAUAUUAGAGGCAUCAUCUUUUGAAAAAGGAUUAGGAAACAUUAAAAGAUGGUGUGAGAAUAAAUCAGAUAAUGUUAAAUUAAGAAUAUAUAUUCCAACAUAUACAUUGAGGGAAUUGGAUUUCCAAAGAUAUAAAUUUAAAAGUUUUAUGGCUAGGGAAUCGUUGAAGUUUAUUGAAUAUAUUGAGGAUAGAAAUUCAUCUCCUAAAUACCAUUCAGAUUCAUUAGAAAUUAUUAUUGAAUUGCCAGAUUUUUUGGAUUUAGUACUAUGGCGUGAAGUUUUAGAGAUAGCUGGUGAAGAACAUGAGGAGAAAUUGAACAAAUUACCACGCAGAUUGAAAAAUUUGUUAAAAAGUUGUGUUCAUUUGUGUCAUUUGCAUGUGUCUGAUGAUUACAAAUGGAUAUUGAUAUCAGAAGAUAAUCAAGUAAAAGAAUUGGCUAGAAUUUGCAAGAUUCCUAUCAUUUCAAUAGUUGAUGCAGAUUCUGCUUUGGCUAGAGACAUGAAUAAAAAGUCAUUCAAGAUGAGUGAAAAUUUUAAUAAACAGAUAAUUAAAAAUGGCGUUGCUGAAGAAACUAAACAAGGUAAAAAAAUUGUAAAGACGAACUUUGAUAAUACGGUUUAUGCUUCAAGAGGCAACGGUGUCCUCUGGGCACCAUAG